ACAAAAAAUUACCUGCAAUUACCAAAAAACCGCUGCAAAUAACCGCCAUCCCAGCCAUCACAAAAAAAUGUACUGCAAACAAAAAAAAGCGAUCAUAUCCAAAAAAGUUGCCUCAACAUCAGAAACACUGCAGACAUUAAAAACGUCUAACGGAAGUGAAUCUUGAAAACACCAGUGACGUCACGACUGAUCGGAGAUCAGUUUGCAGAUUUAUACACCAGAAGUGCAUUGGUUUUUGCUAUAUUCACUGCUGCGACAAGGAGGAAAACAGGAGUACGAAUCAGAAAACGGACGAGAGAGUGUGGUCAUGUUUUGUCCUUUCUGUGGGGUGAACCUUCCAUGCAUCCUGGUAUACUGUAGCUCAUGCUACAGAAAUGUCAGGUUCCUAUUGAGUCUUCAAGAUGAAGGUCAUGAAGCUACUUCACUGGAUGGACUUAUCCAAAAAUAUUUCACAGAGGGCCAUAGUUAUGAAAUAAUAGUUGACUUACUGAAAUCAAAACACAACAUAUCAGUCAGUCUUCGCAAUCUAGAACGAAGAUUAAAAGAUGCAGGCCUGACCAGAAGACUGAACUACACUCCAAUUGCUACUCUGAGGACAGUUAUUUCUGAGGAGCUAAAGGGAUCAGGCCAUCUUUUAGGAUAUAGAGCGAUGUGGCAGAUUUUGAAACAAAAACACUCUUUUGUCGUCAGACGAGAUGAUGUGAUGCACCUCAUGGCAGAGCUGGAUCCAUGUGGAACAGAGAAUCGCAGCAGACGUAGAUUUGUUCGAAGGGCAUAUCAUUCAAUGGGACCAAACGAAACCUGGCACGUUGAUGGGUAUGAUAAAUUAAAACCUUUUGGAAUUGCAAUAAAUGGCUGCAUUGAUGGCUUCUCCAGAAAAAUUAUGUGGCUGAAUUGCGGAAAGACCAACAACGACCCUUCAGUAAUUGCUCAAUACUAUGUCAACUGUAUAGUUGAGCAUGGAGUUUUUCCAAAGCGGCUCCGCACAGAUUGUGGCACUGAAAAUGGCACAAUGGCCGCCCUUCACUGUACCCUGAGAUCAGAGCAUACAGAUGAGUUCGCAGGUGCUAAAAGCCACAUGUAUGGAACUUCAACAUCAAACCAGCGGAUUGAAAGCUGGUGGUCCUACUUCCGGAAACAAAGGAGCCAAUUUUGGAUGGAUCUUCUCAGUGACUUGAGGGAGCGACAUCUCUUCAAUGGCAGCCCUGCACAUACAAAUUUGGUGCGAUACUGCUUCCUGGGAGUUCUGCAGAAAGAACUGGAUGAAUACAAGCAUUAUUGGAACACGCACACCAUUCGUCCUGUUCGCCAAUCCCGGUGCCCAUCUGGUAAACCUGAGGCAAUGUAUUAUGUACCUCAAAGAUUUGAUGGAAGCAAUUGUGGUUUCCCAGCAUCUGCCCAAACCUUAAACCACAUCACCAGCAUCAUGCCAGUGCCAGCAACUCCAGGUGGGGAUGAGCAUGAAACUCUAUUUGGAGAACUGCAACAAGAGAGUGGUCUAAGAGCUCCUGUGCAGUGGGAAUCAGCUGUAGAGAACUACAUCACCCUAAAAACCAUGGCUGGUCUGUAAAACUUAAGGCAGGAUUUCUUGAAAACCAGCAGGAGCCAGACUGUCGAGAACUGGAUUUGGGCACCCAGAACUAAACAAAUACAACCUUUUAAUGCAUAGUAUUGGCUAUGUCGUUAUUUCUCUGUCAUUCCAUUUGUCAAAUAAAGUUUUCUGUGUCUGAAAAA